GCCUCUCAAUCAGCAAUAAUGAAACGCGCCAACAUAGAUGUGAGAGGCAUUCAUAUGUAAUUAAUUCGCUGUUUUUCCAAUGAGGCUAUAACAGAUUGCAAAGUGAGGUGAGCUGUCCUUCAGCGCAUUACGCCAACAGAGUAUGGCUGGCAGAGAGUCAAACCAGACCAACUGAUGGAGACUCAGACAUGUCUGAGGUGCUAACGUUAGAAGCCAUCUUAUUUGGACUUCUGGUCUUCAUGGAGAUAUGUCUGAGGUGCUCACGGUAGAUGCCAUCUUAUUUGGUCUUCUGGUCUUCUCAGGGAUCAUCGGGAACAUUCUGGUCAUCUAUGUGGUGUUCGAGUCAGCCACAGGGAGCUCCUCUCGACACCUGCCGUCGUCGGACGUCAUCCUGGUCAACCUGUCCAUGGCCAACCUGCUGACCUCGCUCUUCCGCACCGUGCCCAUCUUCAUCUCCGACCUGGGCCUGGAGGUCACGCUGGCGCCGAGCUGGUGCCGUCUCUUCAUGCUGCUGUGGGUGUGGUGGCGCGCGGUGGGCUGCUGGGUCACGCUGGCCCUCAGCGCCUUCCAAUGCCUCAAGCUGCGGCGCCAGCGCGUGAUGGUGGGGCCCCUGGCGCAGCGGCGCGAGCGCCGGCAGGUGUGGGCGGCCCUGGCACUGGUGUGGGGCGUCAACCUGGCCUUCUCGCUGCCCGCGCUGGUCUACACCACGCACGUGCACGGCAACGCCACCGUGGAGCUGAUGGUGAUCAGCUGCACCACGCGCCCGCUGCUGGGCUGUGUCUGGGAGUUCCCCACCGCCGAGCAGGGGUCGGCCUUCGCCUCUGCCUCGCUGGCGCUCAACGAGGUGGCGCCGCUGGUGCUGAUGAUGGGCACCAACCUGGCGACGCUCCACACGCUGGCGCGCCACAUCCGCUCCGUGACAGCCAUCGGUGGCGGUGGAGAUGGGCAGCCUCAGCACAACCAGCAGCAACAGGGGGAGCUGGGUAGGCACGCGGCUAGCGAACGCAAGGCCGGCGGCGUCAUCAUGGCACUGGUCUCUCUGUUCGUGGUGUGCUGGGCGCUGCAGGUGGCAGCGGUGACCCACUACAACCACGACGGCGGGCACCAUGCGGAGGGACUGCUAACGGUGUCUCACUUCUCCGCGUCGCUCUUCGUGGGCUUCAGCCCCAUGGUGGUGGCGCUGGGCCACGGGAAGCUGCGGAGGCGGAUCACGGGGAUGAUACUGGGCUGGGUGGACAGGGCCAAGUGCAACGCGAAAGGGGGAGCUAAGGAGGAGGCGCCGGUGUCUGACAUGAGUGUCACUAGACAAACUGAGCUGACCAAGAGCCAGAGAGACAGACGGGUCAUCAAGGUGGAAGCGCUUGGUAAAACCUAGAAAGACUAAUACAGUCAAGUGUCUAUUUGUUUGUGUGUGUGUACGUGUGUUAUGUCUGGGUAUGCUGUAUGUAUUGUACAUAGUAGCCUACAUGAAUUGCAAUCUCAAUCAAUUUAGAGUAACAUGCUUUCAUUCUGUAGUUUUUCCACAAAUCACAACUCAAAACAACACAAAAAUGCAAACAAUUA